UACUACACGGUUAGUCGUUCGCAACACGUAAAGUUGAACAGACGCACAAUGUGGAAGACUACGACGGUUAUCUUGGUUGUUUCCAUUGGCAUAGUUUUUUUCUUACGAAGCAAUUCCGUGUCAGAUGUACCGAAUUUGCCCGAGACUUUUUGGGGUCCGGCAAAAAAUAAGGAAGCAUCAAAAGAAAUACGGCCUUUUGUUAUCGAUGUGCCGCGAUCGGUGAUCGAAGAUCUGAACGAACGGCUGGCAAAGAAGAGGGAAUUGGUGCAACCUUUGGAAGACACCGCUUGGACUUACGGUAUCAGCACAACGUAUUUGAACGACGUGCUCGAUUACUGGCGCACAAAAUAUAAUUGGACCGAGCGGCAAGCGCUGCUCAACAAAUAUCCUCAAUAUAUCACUAACAUACAAGGUCUGGACAUACACUUUUUACACGUAAAACCGUACAUUCCACCGGAUCGGAAAAAUAUCAAGGUGCUACCAUUGCUGCUCGUUCACGGCUGGCCGGGAUCCGUCGUGGAAUUUCAAAAGAUCAUUCCUAUAUUGACGACGCCGCGUCCCAACAAAGACUUCGUGUUCGAGGUGAUCGCACCGUCGCUUCCGGGAUAUGCAUUUUCGCAAGCGGCCGUACGACCCGGAUUGGCUCCGGCACAGAUAGCCGUUAUAUUCAAAAAUCUCAUGCAACGUCUCGGAUUCAAUAAGUUUUACGCACAGGGAGGAGACUGGGGGUCCUUGAUCGUUUCCAACUUGGGCGCUCUCUUUUCAGACAAUGUCAUCGGUGUCCAUACGAACAUGUGCAUGCCAUUUCAGAAGUCCAGCACCUUUUGGAGAAUACUCGGCGCUUUCAUUCCGUCGCUCGUCGUUGAUAACGAGCAUUACUCGAAAAUGUAUCCUUUGGGGUAUCACUUUGGUCGGUUACUCGAAGAAACGGGAUACUUUCACAUACAAGCAACCAAACCCGAUACUAUAGGUGCUGCUGUGGCAGCCUCGCCGGUAGGAGUAGCAGGUUACAUUUUGGAAAAGUUCAGCACGUGGACCAACCCAGACUACAGAUUUCGUCCAGAUGGCGGUCUGACCGAGAAAUUCACUCUUGACGAGCUUUUGGACAACGUCAUGUUGUACUGGGUCACCAAUUCUUUGACCACAAGUGUUCGAAUUUAUGCUGAGUGUUAUAGCACGGCCAAUAACCAAAACGAAAUCAACGAUCUACCAAUUGACGUCCCAGCAGCGUGCGCGGCGUUUCCUUUUGAAAUUAUGUAUUCGCCAGAGAGUCUGCUCCGCGACAAAUAUACAAAUUUAUUACAAUUUAAUCAUCUUCCACGCGGUGGUCAUUUUGCUGCGUUUGAGGAACCGGCCCUUCUGGCGGACGAUUUCGUCGAGUUUGUCUCCAAGAAUGAAGACAUGAGGAAGAAAACCGGCAACAAAGACGUGCCGAAGAAAAUAAAAGAACCCACAAACAUUUGAAAAAACAAAUAUAUAUAUAUAUUUUUUUUAUGUGAUUAAUGUGAUUUAAAAGAGUAGGGAAAUACAGAAUAAAAAAUACAUUGUUUUGUCGGUAAUAGAACAAUGUUGUUAUCUUCUAAUUUUAUACGUGAAUGUACAAAAAAAACUUCUUUAAAUAAAGUAAUUAUUUUUUCUAA